AUGGCUAGUACAAUUGCAUCAGAAUAUUCUUCUGAAGUAGCAAGCACACCGAUUGAGCAUCAAUUCAAUCCAUACACCGACAAUGGUGGUACAAUCCUGGGAAUUGCGGGCGAGGAUUUUGCUGUGUUGGCCGGAGACACAAGACACACUACAGACUACUCGAUCAACUCUCGUCAUGAGUCCAAGGUGUUUGACUGUGGUGAUAACAUAAUAAUGUCGGCAAACGGAUUUGCAGCCGACGGUGAAGCGUUGGUUAAGAGGUUUAAAAACAGUGUCAAGUGGUACCACUUCGAUCAUAACGACAAGAAACUAUCGCUAUCAUCGGCGGCAAGAAAUAUCCAACAUCUUUUGUAUGGUAAGAGAUUUUUCCCCUAUUAUGUGCACACAAUCAUUGCAGGACUUGACGAGGAAGGAAAAGGGUCGGUGUAUUCCUUUGACCCAGUAGGAUCAUACGAAAGAGAGCAAUGUAGGGCAGGUGGAGCUGCAGCUUCUUUGAUAAUGCCGUUUUUAGAUAACCAGGUGAAUUUCAAAAAUCAGUACGAACCUGGCACAGAUGGGAAAGUCAAGAGGCCUAUCAAAUACUUGAGUCUUGAAGAAGUCAUCAAGUUGGUAAGGGACUCAUUCACCUCAGCCACAGAAAGACACAUUCAGGUGGGUGAUGGCUUGGAAAUACUCAUCGUGACCAAGGAUGGAGUCAGGAAAGAGUACUACGACCUAAAGAGGGAUUGA